AUGGCCGGUUCACAGCCAGUUGCUUCACCAUCAGAACGACCAGCAGCACAAGCCAAGAUGAACGAGAGGUAUCCACAUCCUUACUCCAGCACAGCCCUCAUGUGCCUGUUUUCAGCCGCCGUGUUCGUCUCAGUGAUGGUGUUGUCUCUCAUGUCAUGGGCCGUAAAGAAAAGAGGGCCAGUGGUCGUCUCUGUGUUCAGUCCUCUCUCACUUGUUAUCACUGCCAUCUUGGGAUCCAUAUUUCUUGAUGAGACUCUCCGCUUAGGAAGUGUGCUUGCUGCUGGAUUUAUCAUCUUGGGACUGUACAUCGUGUUGUGGGGGAAAGGAAAAGAGAUGGAGCAACUUAUUGCUGAGCUUCCUACUCAAUUGUCAUCUGGAGAUCCCGCUAAAGCUUCUUUUGGAGGCAUGCUUCUGGAGUCUCCGGCUUCACAUGAUGAAGGAGAGACGAAGUACAAAGGUAAAAAGAAAAAUUCAGUUGGUUUUCAAGUUGGUUGA